AUGGCUGCAGCCAAGUGGUUAAGUCGAGGACGCAGGACGGUGUCUCUGGUGUGGACUGGAUUCAGAUCCAAUCACACAUCCCUUAAAUCUCAUUAUGACGCGGUCAUCAUCGGCGGAGGACACAAUGGGCUGGUGGCAGCUGCCUAUCUUCAGAAGGGGGGGUUGAAGACAGCGGUGUUGGAGCGCAGACACGUGCUGGGUGGAGCAGCUGUCUCAGAGGAGAUCGUCCCUGGUUUUCUCUUCUCUAGGUGCUCGUACUUGCUGAGUUUGUUGCGGCCGCACAUAUACAGAGACCUUGAGCUUAAGAAACAUGGGCUGAAGGUUUACAUGAGGAACCCUCAUUCUUUCACCCCCAUGCUGGAGGACGGUGUUAAUGGGGCUCCACCAAGGUCUCUUAUCCUGGGUCCAGAUCGGAUGAAGACCCAAAAUGAGAUCGUCAAGUUCUCCCAGAAGGAUGCAAAGGCUUAUCCAGAAUUUGUGGCGCACCUUGAAACGCUCGCAUGCGCUAUCCACCCUCUCCUGGACGCCCAACCUGUAGAUAUUCCUGGCCUUACAGACGGGUCACUGCGGAAGAGGCUGGAUGCAGCUACAACUCUGAUGCCUCUGGUCAAAUUUGGUCUGAAACUUGGGAGGAAUAUUCCAGACUUUUAUGAAAUUACUUCUGCGCCGAUAAUGAAGAUUCUUAAUCAGUGGUUUGAAUCAGAGCCACUGAAGGCAACACUGGCCACUGAUGGUGUGAUUGGGGCCAUGACCAGUCCCAGUAAUCCUGGCAGUGGAUACGUCCUUUUGCACCAUGUGAUGGGAGAGCUGGAGAAGGAGAAGGGCGCGUGGGGUUAUGUGGAGGGAGGCAUGGGAGGCAUAUCUCAGGCUUUAGCUAAAGCUGCCCGAUCCUACGGUGCAGAUAUUUUCACAGAGAAGGAUGUAGAGCAGAUCCUCGUUGGUUCGAACGGCGCUGCUAACGGUGUGGCACUUAAGGACGGCACAGAGAUCUGCAGUAAAGUUGUGCUAUCAAAUGCAACCCCAUAUGUCACCUUCAAACACCUCACGCCCCAGGGUGCCCUUUCUCCUCAAUUCUUGAAAGCUGUAGAUCAGAUAGAUUACACCUCACCUGUAACAAAGAUCAAUGUGGCCAUAGACAAGUUACCAAACUUCUUGGCAUCUCCCACACCGGAUGGAAAACCUGGACCCCACCAUCAGUGCUCGAUACACCUGAACUGUGAGAGUGUGGACGUGUUAGAAACCGCAUAUAAAGACGCCGUGAAUGGACGUCCCUCAGCAAGACCUAUGCUGGAGAUGACCAUCCCCUCUGUGUUGGACCCCACUUUAGCCCCGCCUGGUUGCCACGUCGUAUCGCUGUUCACCCAGUUCACCCCCUACCACAUAGAAGGCAGGGAAUGGACCGAGCAGGACCGAGAGGCCUUUGCAGACACUGUGUUUGACUGGGUGGAACAGUACGUCCCUGGGUUUAAAAAGUCUGUGGUGGGCAGAGAUGUCCUGACACCCCCAGACCUGGAGAGGAUCUUUGGACUCACUGGAGGGAACAUUUUCCAUGGAUCAAUGUCACUGGAUCAGCUUUACCUUGCGCGACCUUUGCCCUCUCUCUCAGACUACCGUUCACCAAUUAAAGGGCUGUAUCUGUGUGGCAGCGGCUGUCAUCCAGGUGGUGGCGUGAUGGGAUCUCCUGGCUGGAACGCAGCACUUACGGCCAUGUCUGACCUAAAAAAUCACUGAGAAAUGUGUCAUAUUGUAAAUUUAAAUGGUAAAUGGACUAUACUUAUAUAGCGCCUUUCUAUCGU